GGGAGGCCGGCCGGGCGCCGGGAGCUCGGGGCUCCCGGCGGGAAGUGGGCGCGGCGCGGGCUCUGCAGGGCGCGCGGCGGCUGCGGCCCGGGAUGGAGCCCCGCUGAAGCCGCCGCGGAGACGCGGCGUCGGAGCCGAGAUGUGUCUGCGCCUGGGUGGCCUGAGCGUGGGUGACUUCCGGAAGGUUCUGAUGAAGACGGGGCUGGUGCUGGUCGUGCUGGGCCACGUGAGCUUCAUCGCAGCCGCUCUCCUCCACGGCACCGUGCUGCGCUACGUGGCUGCCCCCAGUGACGCUGUGGCUCUGCAGUACUGCGUGGUCGACAUCCUCUCUGUCACUUCUGCCAUCGUGGUCAUCACCUCAGGCAUUACAGUCAUCGUGUUGUCACGCUACCUCCCCAGCAUCCCCCUGCGCUGGACAGUGUUUAGCUUGAGUGUGGCCUGCGCCCUUCUCUCUCUGACCUGUGCUCUCGGCCUCUUGGCUUCGAUCGCCGUGACCUUUGCCACCCAGGGCCGGGCACUGCUGGCCGCCUGCACUUUUGGGGGCCCCGAACGCCUGGCGCUGGCACCUGACUGUCCCUUCGACCCUACACGCAUUUACAGCUCCAGCCUGUGUCUCUGGGGCAUCUCGUUACUGUUCUGUGUGGCAGAGAGUGUGUUUGCUGUCCGCACCGCCCAGCUCGCCCACCAGCUGCUGGAACUGAGGCCCUGGUUGGGGAAAAGCAGCCAUCGCAUGAUGCAGGAGAGUCCAGAGCCCGUGGAGGACCCUGACCUGCCAACCCAUGCUAGCUCGGGGCCCAUGACCCUCUGACAGCUGAUGUCUCAUCCAGGCCCCGUAGCCACUGGGGCCCUGCAACCAAGUCCGCACUGCAAUCAGGCCAGUAUUCCUGGAGCCAGCCAAGAGGGCUCAAUGGCCACUCCAGGACCCGGGUGAGGUUUUCACCCCUCUCCUCCGGCCACCCAGCCCGCUGCACUGAAAGGAGACUUUAUUCUGAAGUCAUUAAAAAGAACAGAGAUGCUCCACGUGGGCGCAUGCAGCGGGGGAGGGGUGCGGCCAGGGGGGUCUGUUCUUUUCCAUACAGGACGCUUUUGGGUGGGGGGGGAGGGGCUCCAGGAGUGUCUGCCCGUCUGUCUGUGGGUCUGUGUGUGUAUCUGAGAGAUAACACAGAGGGGUCUGUGUUCAUCAGAAUGCCAAAACGCAAGCGUGGGUUCCUGGGCCUCACAGCUGGGGGGCCGGAAACAGGAGGUUUCCCUCUUGCAUCAGGGCCUCCAGGCCAGCAAGGGCAGGAGCAGGCGGGGUUGAGGCCCUCCUGCCAGGAAGGAUAGCUCAAGGAUGGUUUCACCUCAAGCCCCUAGGCCUCUGGAAUCCUUCUCUCCCCUCCAAAUAAAAAGACAAGCUCCUUA